AUGGUUAUGAAGUCUGCUGAGGUUUCUGAUUCUGCUAUGCUUCAAAGAGAAGCAAUGGUUCUUAACAACUUCCAUGCUUGUCCCUACAUCUAUCGUUGUUUUGGGGAAGAAAUCAUGACCGGUUAUUGCAAUUGCAUUAUUUAUAACAUUCUCUUGAAGUAUGGCUCUGGUGGAACCCUAGCUGAUUUGAUCAAGAAAAGUGGUGGCAGAGCAUUGCUUGAAUCUGAGUCCGGAUCACUAUACAACAAGGUUGUUUCAAUUAGUUCUAGUGUUGGGAUUGAGUAUGUGGCUAAGGUUGAUGAUUUUGGGUUGGCAAAGACAGAAAAGCAGAUGAGGAAGAUGAUGACAAUGUCAAAAUCUUAUAAAUUGAGAGGAUAUUUUCGGUGUUUGUCGCCAUAG